GUUAUUCAUAAAUAACAAUCUUCUCAGUGCGAUUACACACAUGUAUAUAUACAACUAAGCCGGAAGUAAACCUGCCAAACAGCGGAGAAAAGUUGAGCUAUGAGGGAGCUUCACGUAGCCUUAUUCCUCGGUGUGACUGUGGUCCUUUUGUCACUAUGGCAACUGCCAUACCAUGCUGUAUCGGCGGGAUACGCUGCAACAUGGGGUUCAUGUAACUGUUCUUGGGUCGAAUGGCAAUCUUGGUCGGUUUGUAAUAGGUCCUGCUUUGGAACGAGGGAACGAGAGAGGCAGGUGUGGAUAUUCUUCUAUGACGGAUGCGACUCAUUCAGUGACUGCGCAACUAGUGAUAUGGCUUACAGUUACUCCGGGUGUAACGAAGUAUGCCACAAUGGCGGCAGCAGUACCGGAAGUGGAUGCAACUGUGUGGCAGGUUACUAUGGCAAUUGCUGUGACUACCAAAUCAACUGCGGAUACCCGGGAACUCUAAGCAAUGGUCACGUGUCCGGAAGUGUGUACACCUACGCGGCAUCAGUAGGGUAUUCAUGUGAUACGCAUUACACUCUGGUUGAUGGCUCCUCGACAAGGACAUGUCAGCUUAGCGGAACCUGGAGCGGGACUCAGCCUAGAUGUGCAUUUUCCAACACGUGCUCCAGUAACCCGUGCGCCAAUGGUGGCACAUGUACGAAUGGAAUAGAGAUGUUUACCUGUAGUUGUCUACCGGGUUGGAGUGGUAUAACCUGUGCCGAAGAUGUACAGCCUCCAGUCAUCACCGGAUGUGACUUUAACAUCCGCGCCAAUGCCACUACCCCGCUACACUUCGUGAACUGGACAGCUCCAACAGUCUCCGAUCCAAUGGGACACGAGAUAGAAGUCUCCACGAACUAUCCGACAUCGGAAUACGAGUUUCCUUGGGGGGAUUUUGUCAUACAUUACGCCGCAGUGAAGCCGUUCAAUGGAUUGACUGCAGAAUGCACCAUACAGGUUGAAGUUAGACCGACGCCUUGUGAGGACCUCCCCGUGCCCGAUAAUGGGGCUGUGGUGUGUAAUGACUGGAGGACGGAUUACGGCCGGUAUUGCCAGGUUGUCUGUCACACAGGUUACUCAUUACCUGUCUCUGUGAACCCUGACCAAUGGUAUGUCUGUGGGGCGUCUGGAACAUGGGCACCUGUCACCCAGGACCCGCUCACCUGCAGAUCCUAUACUCUUUCAAGCCAGAAUACGACCAGUGUGAACAACUGUACCGACACAGGGUUCAUAUCCACUACAAAGACAGCUUUCAUCGACAAUCUCAAAUCAUCCGCUUUCAGUGAUGUCUGUAACGACUACUCGGACUUGUGCAACACUAACAAUGCAUUUGUGAUGUGUUAAGUACCGUCAUCAUCUGCAAAUUGAUGUUUGUGACGUGUAGUUAUAUAUUGUAAACGCAAUUGUUUUGACGCUCUCAUAUUUUGGCUCACAAUUCAAUUAAACAGUUUAUCGAACAAUACAUGCUAUAGAAAACAAUAAAGAGAAACUGCAAAUAUUGCGAUAAUAAUCUAGCAAAAUGGCCCAAGGUCGAAAAUCGAUCGCUAAAAUAAGAUUAUCACUAAAAUGCGUACUGUUACAGUAAAAACGUGAUUACACCAACUGAAAUGAUUUAGAAAGAAAUAUUUUUUUAUCGAAUUCAUCAAUAAUGCAAUUGGUUUCCAUUAGAGUUCACAUUACAGUUACAGUUUAACCUAGCGUCUUGCCCUUUAACCUAGCGUCCAGCCCUUUUAACCUAGCGCCUUGUCCCCUUUAACCAAGCACCCGAGCCACUUUAACCUAGCGCCCAACUUCUUUAACCUAGCGCCCUGCCCCUCUGACCAAGCACCCAGCCACUUUAACCUACUGCCCAGCCCUUUUAACCUGGCGCCCUGCCUCUUUAACCUAGCUCUCAGUCCCUUUAACCUAGCGCCCAGUUUCUCUAGCCUAGCGCUCUGCCCCGUUAAGCUGGCGCCCUGUCCCAUUAACCUAGCGCCAUGCCCCUUUACCUUUGCGCCCAGUUCCUUUAACCUAGCAUCCAGUCCAUUUAACCUAGAGCCCAGUCCAUUUAAUCUAGCGCUGUGCCCCUUUAACCUAGCGUCCAGUCCCUUUAAUCUAGCGCUCGGUCCUUUUAACCUAGCGCUCUGUCCCUUUCUGCUAGCGCCUUGUCUCUUUUUAUCAGCGCCAUUAUUAUUCUCUUUAUUUCGCUCCUCAAAGAGGAUGCUAUGAACAGAAUAGCAUAGUUACAAUAGUUAACAGGAUAAUUGAUAAAGAACAUGUACAGUAUACAAUAUGACAAAAUAUGAAUACAACAAAAUCAAUGAUAAGGAUUACCCCCUUUAAACUAGUCUUAACGUUUUACACGUUAGAUAAGGGUGUUGAACCACUAUCACCUUCUUGAAAGACGAGUCUGAUAUCCACUACGCCAUACCUUAUCACCAUUGAUUACGGCUCAGGGAACUAGCAAUGAAAGAAUCAAAUACCGAGGAAAAAACCCGCCUAAUUCCCAUUAUUUCUUUUCAUUGAUUUAGAAUUGUCCUUUUUGUCUAUACUAUGUCCUUGAUAUGAUAUGUUAGAGAAAUAAAAUAAAAUAAAAUCAAAAACGCCAAAGCAUAAUUGUGUUACCAAUUUGCCAGCUAAUAACGCUGGGAUUAUACGAAGAACCUGUCCAUUCAUUAGAUCUGAGGAGAGUGGACUCGUACCCAGUAUAACCUAUUAUGUAUGUUUGUUUAUGUAUAACCAUCAAAUUACUUAUGUGGUUAGCAUUGUGCAAUAAACAUUCGAAUUUAAUCAAAUUGAAAUAAAUACUCUCAAAGAAUAUGAUAAAAAGUGAAAUAAAUUAUUGGGGAAUUUGAUUUGUCUGAAGGAUAAAUUGACGUAUAUCAUACAAAUAUGCGAAAAUAACUUUCAACUUUCUUGUCACUUUAUAUGAUUAUCACGUAUCCCUAUAGGCAAGUUACCCAAGUUUAUUCUUAUUGUGUUAUCAAGUUAUGGAAGCUAACACGUAAUGGAAGCUAACAAGUAAUGGAAGCUAACAAAUAUUGGAAGGUAAUAAGUGAUGGAUGGUAACAAGUAAUGAAAAUUAACAAAAAUGGAAGCUAACAAGUAAUUGAAAUUAACAAAAAAUGGAAGCUAACAAGUAAUGAAAGUUAACAAGUAAUGUAAGUUAACAAGUAAUGAAAGUUAACAAGUAAUAGAAGGUAAUAAGUAAUGGAAGCUAACAAGUAAUGGAAGCUAACAAAUAUUGGAAGGUAAUAAGUAAUGGAAGGUAACAAGUAAUGAAAGUUAGAAGUAAUGGAAGUUAGAAGUAAUGGAAGCUAACAAGUAAUGGAAGCUAACAAGCAAUGGAAGGUAACAAGCGAUGGAAGGUAACAAGCGAUGGAAGGUAACAAGUAAUUUAAGGUGAUAAGUAAUAGAAGGCAACAAAUAAUGGAGGCAAAACAGGAGAAUUUGCAAAUAUUUGACCAAUUUUAAAUUCAUUAGAUAACUUAAUUGCCACUGAGAAAUUGAUCAAUGUGUAAACUUCCUGGUACGACUGAAUUGACGUAUUAUCCUUAAUAAAAGACAGACAUAUUGAAUUAUUAUUCUUGUUCGUGCAAGCAAAUAUCUCCAACUAAAGGUGUUUGUAUUUAUGUAUAAAUUCUAUUGGCGUCAAACGGGGCGUUAUCGAUUUGUUUUGUAAUGUUCAGUGGGAAAAUGUCAACUCUAAUAUACGUUAUUUGGUACUGUGAUAACAAGUUUUUGCGUCACCUUCUAAUUUUCUCUACAUGCCAUAUAAGGUUUUGUCAUUUUGGCAAAGUUUCUAAAAACACAUUCUAUCGGUGGGAUAAAAGAUGAGUUGUUAUUACAUUUCAACAUUCGGUGUUCCAGCUCUUACAAUACACGCUCAAUUCUAGUCUAUAUUUCUGCGAAUCAGGCUAUUGUUAGAAGAAGGAAGUUUAUAAGUUGAUUUACCAUUCAGGCGUAUUUAAGCUUUUCUAUGGAUUGUUUGAUUUAAAUACCGAUUGCUUAGUAUGUGUAUUCUGCGAAACUAUAAGACAAAUGUUUUGACAUUUGUGUUUUACGUAAACAAGUUCGUCUAUAAGCUUAUUGAGUUAUCAAAACAUCUUACCGGGGUACAUAUUUACAGCAUGAAGUCUGGUUUUAAGAACUCUAGUUUGCGUGUAGAUUUAUCGAAUAUGCAGAUAUCAACUAUAUAUUUUGAUUUGUUUUUGUGACUUUACUUAUUCGAAAUAGUUAAAUGUUGAGAAGAAAGCUAAAGAAAGAGAAUACCGAAAAUGUGCAUUAGACUCUUCAUUUCAAAAGUUGUAAAACAUAAUGGAAAUAUCUGUUUAGAAAACUUACCAAACUCGUAUCAAAAUUGUUCUCUUGUUCCAAAUUAUCAAAAUACAUUAACAGCAAUACGAUUGCGUAGAUCGACCUUGGUUGAUAAUCUCCUAUUUUUAUGUACAUAUACAGCAUUUAUAUUUAUAUUAAAGUGAUAUUGAUGAAAGUGAUAUGUAAGAUAUAUAAGUAUUUGAACGGUGUCGAGAACUGUAUGUUAGGGUCAGAGUUGAAACGACACAGCAGUGUCUUUAUAGCUCAGGGUAAAGGAAUGAAUAAAAUUUCAAACGAGAUUAUUACAUUCUCAUGUAGACUGUCGCAAUCUUUAUUCAAUAAACAUGAAAAUAGACAAUA